AUUCGUGGGAAGAUGUGUUAGUUAUCUAACAUUGAUGAACAUUAAAAUUAUAAGAAAACUUAAGUAGAAUUUCUACUCCCAUGAUUUUAAGAUACUAUGCAUGCUGUUAUUAUUCUGAGCUAUGUCGCAAUGUUGGCAUAAUGAGACUUGAAUCUUUGUCUUUACUUUUGACAGCUCAGAAAAAUCCAACCAUAUGUUUCUAAGCGCGCAAGUUGAAUUCGUCAUCCAAUAUUUCUUUCUACCUGAAAUUUUACUCAGUUCUCACUAAACUUAGCUCCAAAUCGUGCUCAACUACAUUCUGGCCGUGUAACCUGUGUUUCGUGUGAAAACCGCUGGCUUACGAACCUCAUUUUGACCGUAAACGUACCUUUGCCGUUGUAUUAAUCUUUUGUUGUCAUUUCUGUGAGUCGUCGUCCCUCGAAAUGUUAUUUAGACUCGAGGAAGAGCCGUGGGGCUGAUAACAGACAGUUUCUGCCUGGACUCCGGCAACAGCGCAACCAAACGACGGAGAGAAGAGGCCACCGCCCAGAACUUCAAGCUAAAGAUGAACCCGCACUCGCUAGACUUCAACUCGCUCCACAAGUCCCCCGUACACACGCACACACCCAAGCGGAGAGUCCUUGGAGAGAUACAGAACAGGCAAUCCCCGCUGACGUACCUGAAGUCACCGCUCAUAGACCGAAGCCUCCAGGACUCGCCUUUGUCCAGCCUCUUAAACUCACCGAAGCUAAACACUCCGUUCGUGAAGCGAUCAACGAAGAAGAUCAGCAGGAUAUUCGAAGAACGAACGAGGUUUAAAAUGUCCAAUAAAGAGAACGAAGAGAAUAUGUUUUCGGGUUCGUUCACGAACAAGCUGGAUGUGUGUGAAGACACUCGGGAUGCGUACCCGGACAGCCAGCAGCUGUGCGGGGCCGGGGCGGGGGUGCUCCCGGGCUCCCUGCGCAGGAGCCACACCGGGGACCACUGGACCUUGGCUAAGAUGUCAUCAGCGAGCCCCGAGCCGCGACGGAAGCCUCACAAGCGGCCGCUCUUCGGUCACGACGAGCUGGCCGACGAGUUGCCCGACGAGUUGGGCGACGACUGCGGCACGCUGCACGACCUCGACGCCGAGUUCGACUGCGAGACCUUCGACCAGUGCACCAAGUACGAGAUCGUGUCCACCGACAGCCCCGACAUCAUCUCGCGAGGUCGCACUACGUCUUCUAGGAAGAUUAGCGCGAAGAACUUUGUGUUCGGAGCUCCUAUAGCUGAGACUGAGCAAAGCACUUCCUUCAAUAAACCCGCCCCCGCCGCCACCAGAAUGCUGACCUUUGAGGAUGACUCUUUCGAGUUCACCUCCCCGGAAAACUUAAGGCCUAAGAACUCACAAGCAGCGGUGUCUGUUAAGAAGUCCCUGAAAUUCCUUGGAGAUACCCCAACGAAGAACAUUCUGAGGCAUGAGAACAGCAACUCUUCAAUAGGAUCCAUGUCUGCGGCCUCCCCACUAUCCUCAGUCAGCAGCAAGCUCCGACUGUUCCCUUCAUCAUCAACAACAUCCAUGGAAAGCGGGUUCAUGUCAGAGAUCGAAGAACCAUUCCUAGACUUAGACGAAGUCAGCAACUCACCGAAGCUAGCUGACUUUGGCCAAUUACUAUCCGGCAAAAUUAAGGACACCUGCGCUGAACCAGAGUUCUCCUUAAAACGGCCUUCUCUCCAGCGCAGUCUGAGUUAUAACCUGGAAGCGAGUAAAGCGAGGGUUUCUCUCUUCUCUCGAGGAGAGUUGGAAGAGAGACGGAGCAACAAGAGGCCCGAGCCGCUGCAAGAGGGUUCUCUCAGUAGCAGCAAGCGGAGACGGGGGAACGGGGAGGGUCUGAUGAGGAGCAAGAGGCCGCUGCUGCAGCGGGCGUAUUCAGAGAAUGCGGCUUCUAUCAUGUCUGCGCUUGCUAGAUCAUCAACAACGCCCGACCUAAUAGGCGACUUCUCCCUCCCGCACGUGCUGCCGGCGGCGGCGUCGCGCCACGCGGACCUGCGCGCCGUCAGCGCCGACGUGUUGGCUGAUGUACUGCGGGGGAAGUACAGCCAGGAGAUCGCUGAUGUUCAGGUGAUCGACUGUCGCUACCCGUACGAGUUCGAGGGCGGGCACAUCGCCGGCGCGCGCAACCUGUACACGCCGCAACAGAUCCUGUCGCUCAUGGACCAGCCCGUGGACCAGAGUGUGGACCAGAGUGUGGACCAGGCGGGCAAGAGGCGGGUGCUGGUGUUCCACUGUGAAUACUCGCUGGAGAGGGGACCUAAACUCUGCCGCCUCCUCCGCUCGACCGACCGCGCGCGCCACCGCGACGCCUACCCGCAACUCACGUAUCCCGAGCUGUACUUGCUACACGACGGCUAUAGCGCCUUCUACCGACAACAUCCGGCGCUGUGCACGCCCCCCGGGUACAGAAUGAUGCUGGACCCCCAGUUUAAACAUGAACUGAGCACGUACAGGAGGAAUACUGAGAGCGGUAGGAAGAAUAGCUUGAUGUGAGGUUUGACAGCUGUCAGUGGUGACAGGUGUCAGGUUGAUAGGU